GUACACACAAAAACUGACUGGGAAACAUUCAAUAGCUGAGUAGCUACACACAUUUCACUGCAUUUGUUUCUAGCAACAACAUAAUGGCAGCAAGAUAUGACAGGGCGAUCACUGUGUUUUCUCCUGACGGUCACCUUUUUCAGGUGGAAUAUGCGCAAGAGGCUGUGAAGAAAGGCUCCACCGCUGUGGGCAUCAGGGGCAAAGACAUUGUUGUCCUUGGCGUUGAGAAGAAGUCAGUGGCCAAGCUGCAGGACGAAAGAACAGUCCGCAAAAUAUGCACCCUAGACGACCAUGUCUGCAUGGCAUUUGCAGGCCUGACAGCAGAUGCCCGCAUCGUGAUCAACAGAGCUCGUGUGGAGUGCCAGAGUCACCGGCUCACUGUGGAGGACCCAGUGACCGUGGAGUACAUCACACGACAUAUCGCCACCCUGAAACAGCGCUACACUCAGAGCAAUGGACGCAGACCGUUUGGAAUCUCUGCCUUGAUCGUCGGUUUUGACUGUGAUGGGACCCCCAGGCUCUAUCAGACUGACCCCUCUGGAACUUACCACGCAUGGAAGGCAAAUGCGAUUGGCCGUAGUGCUAAGACGGUAAGGGAGUUCCUGGAGAAGAACUACACAGAUGAAGCCAUCGCCACUGACAAUGAGUCGAUAAAGCUUGCCAUCAAAGCCUUGCUUGAGGUGGUUCAGUCUGGUGGGAAGAACAUUGAACUUGCUGUAAUUAGAAGAAACCAGCCACUGAAGUUAUUGGAGUCCAAAGAAAUUGAGACUCUGGUGACUGAGAUAGAGAAAGAGAAGGAAGAUGAGGCAGAGAAGAAAAAACAGAAGAAGUCUACUUGAAGUCAUAAUACAACUCUGGCUUUCAUUAGCACUUGCUUAAAGGCAGCAUAUUUGGUCUGCUAACAUCAAAAUGUGUUUUCUAGCCCAAAAACAGCUUUCAUGUCACACGCUAAGGGCAGAAUCUUAACUUGAUGUCGGUUGAAUUAGUCACAUCUCACAUUGCCAUCAAUGCAUUGUUUAUGUGGAAAUCUAAGUCAAAUGUAUGGAUCUCAAGUUAGGAUUCAGACCUACAAUGAGGUCUCCCCUCUGCCCACUUAAGGUAUGUUGUUGAACUUUGAAGUGAAUGUUAUUGGAUCAAAAUGCUUAAUAAAGUCAACAUGUUCAUUUAC